ACCUUCUCGCCUCCUCCUACUCCUACCCCUCACCUCACGCUCGCUCUCGCCGCCUCGUCGUCGGUCGGCGCACGCACGCACGCAGCCGACCCCGACCCCGACCCGACCCAACCGCCGCCUCCGCGAGACCGGGUUGACGGCCAUGGCGGCCACGGCAGAUCCGCGGGCGAAGCCUCCGGCAGCGGCGCCGCACCACCUCGCCGAGCCGUGGGCGCAUCAGGCCGCCUCACCAGCCGCCGCCCACCGCAGCAUGCCCGUCGUAGCCUCGGCCUCGGCCGCGGCCGGCUGUGGCGCCCGCGAUCGCCGCCGGUCGUCGUCGUCCAACCGCCGGGCCCAGGCCGUCGGGGACGACACGUCGUACGACGGUGGGAUCGAGGCGCUCCGUGCCAAGCUCAUGGGCCACCUGCGCGACGCCGCGGACCGGCUCCGCGUGCCCCAGCCCAGCAGGAGCACCAUCGCCUCGCUGCCUCCUGCUCCUCGCCCUCUGGCGCUGCCCAAGGCUACCGCUACCGCGAGCCCGCCGCCGCCGCCAGGGACGGACUCCGAGACCGAGCCAGAGCUCAGGGCGCCGCCACCGCCUCCGCCUCCUCCCGCACCUACUGCGCCCGCGCAAGCGGACGCUACCGCUGCCGGCGCGACCGCGAGGCCGUGGAACCUGCGGGAGCGCACGCGUCGCCGCCCCGCCGCCUUCAGGUCGUGGGCCGCGUCCCCGUCCCCGCCGCCUCCUCCGCCGUCGUCGUCGUCGUCGCGGAGGCGGCGCAAGCGCGCCCCGUUCUCCGUGUCCCUGACGGCGGAGGAGAUCGAGGAGGACAUCUACGCGCUGACCGGCGCCCGGCCGCGGCGGCGGCCCCGGAAGCGGCCGCGCGCCGUGCAGCGGCAUGUCGAUUCGCUGUUCCCGGGGCUGUGGCUGACCGAGAUCACCCCCGACGCGUACCGAGUGCCGGACGAGUAGCUCCACGACUCCAGCUCCUGCCCCAACCCCCGCCGGCCAGCCGGCGCCGCCUGAGUUCCCAAGCUCCAACUCCAAGGCAGCAGCCGCCUGCUCCGACUCCUCCGAGCCAUCGUCCAGCGAGGCAAGGCAACCACCUCGUGUCAUCGCGUCGCAGUCACGUCGACUCACCCUCCUCCUCCUCCCGAGCUCACAGCUCGGGUCCAUCGAGCGAGCCCGGUAGGUCCACCUCGCGCGUGUCGUAUGCCCUCCCGAGUUUUUUUUCUCUCCCUUCCUUCCCCCUCCUCUCUCGUCAUCUGGUGUAGUACUAGUGUAGUAUAGGAGUACGUGCCUGCGUGCUUCGUUUCCCCCACCUCUGCUAUCCUGCUUGCUGCCUCUAGUGUGGUCUGUACAGUGGCGUGCUUGUGAUUACAACUAGUGCUAAUUCAUUAUCAGCUCUUCCUUUUUCCAUUA